AUGGUGCUUCGACAGUGUAAGAAAACUAAGAAGCUCCUCCUGAAAAGGAACAAUAUCAUCGGUUCCGCCAAGCUAAUUAAAGAAUACGAUGAAAAUUUCGUGUUUGACCGUGAUUUUCCUCAACUCAAGUUUCGGCUUGAGACGUUAGAUAGCCUGUGGGAAAAGUUCAAUGAGGUGCAGGCAGAAAUUGAACUUGAGGAUGAGCUUUCGGAGGAACUUGCUGAAGAACGCGUUGAUUUUGAAACGCAAUACUUCGAAUUGAAAGGCUCGUUAGCCACCAAACUUGCGGUCUUUGAUGAAAGAGCUGAAAGGCGGCCCGGUUCACCUGGUGCUCCGCCUGCACAUGCUCCUUUUGUUCGCCUCCCUGAACUUAAAAUUCCGGAGUUCAGUGGAGAUUACGAUGAGUGGAUGAAUUUUCACGACCUUUUCACCACUCUCAUCCACACUAACGGCCAACUUUCGGCAGUACAGAAGUUUCAGUACUUGAAAACUGUACUGAAAGGUGAUGCUUUGCGACUCGUGCAAUCUCUCGCAGUCUCCGCGGCAAACUAUGCUGUUGCGUGGGACUUGCUAAAAAAGCGGUUCGACAACAAAAACUUCCUCAUCAAGCAACAUUUUUCGGCAUUAAUGUCCACUCCAUCUGUGCGCAAAGAGUCUUCGUCUGCGCUGUGCAACCUUGCGGACGAGUUCGACAAGCACGUGAGCGUGCUCAAUAAAUUAGAAGAUCCCAGAGAGCAUUGGAAUUCGUUCCUAGUUGAACUGCUCAGCAGCAAACUUGACCCGUUGACGCAAAAGGAGUGGGAGAAUCAGCUCCAGGAGAAUGUGCGGCCAGUGUAUGCUGACCUGGUUGCCUUCAUCCAAAAACGUUCUCGCAUUUUGCAGUCAAUUACGCUCUCCCAACCUUCGCCAUCUGCGAGUAAAUCCGAACCGAAGCAUGAGUCCAGACCCGCUCGGUCGAAAACUUCGUUGUACCACUCAGCCAACAAUGAUAGCACUCAAAAGUGCAGUUUGUGUAAGCAAUCGCACACACUAUCGCAGUGCGAUGAAUUUAGGAUGCUAACGCCUCAAAAACGCUUCGAGUUGGCUAAACGGCAAGGACUUUGUCUGAAUUGCCUAAAAUCAUCUCACAUGAUGAAAAAUUGCUCUGCUGGUUCGUGUCGGACCUGCAAUAAACGUCACCACACACUUUUGCAUUUGAACUCGCAGUCUGCCAGCAAUACAGAGUCCCACGAUAAAUCUGUGGCAGCACAGGUUGGCCAAUGUCAGCAAUCCUCACAAUCAGCCACGGUCGUCGAAUCGCCGUCGUCGGUGCCGUGCAUUGUCGAUCAAUGUCACGGGGUCCCUCUGGUUACGGGACAGGCCUCGUCGCCGUCGGAUAGGCCAACCAAUCGUUCGUUAUCGUCCGUUUCGUCGCCGGUUCCCCCGGUUAUACCGUCAAGCUUAGCUCAAAGCUCCUCGCAAGUGACGAACUGCCAAACCGUCACACCCAAUCACUCUUUCGUAUCGAAAGCAUGUAUCUCGUCAGUGUUCAUGCUUACUGCCUACGUGAAAGUCCAACACGUGGAUGGCACUCAUAUUCUCGCUCGCGCCUUGCUGGAUUGUGCAUCCGAAGCCAAUUUCGUAACCCAAUCUCUCGCUCAACGGCUUUGCUCGAAACGCACACCAGCCAAUAUCGAUGUGUACGGUAUCAGUCAAACAGUAAAACAAGUGAAGCACAAAACGAUCAUUACUGUAUCGUCGCGCUACGGUUCGUACACAAGUAGCAUGGAAUUUCUAAUUUUGCCCACAUUGACUAGAGUCCUACCCACUGCAACUGUUGACAUUUCGAAGUGGGUCAUUCCUCGCCACCUUCCCCUUGCUGAUCCUAAAUUCAACAUUGCGCAUGAUAUCGACCUAAUCAUCGGUAUCAAAAACUUCUUCUCGAUUCUGGAGAACGAUCAAAUCUCCGUUGGAAAUGGUUUGCCAGUGCUUCGCAAAACAGUUUUCGGUUAUGUUGUCGCCGGUGAAGCAGAACAACCAUGCGCCCCCUCCGUCGUCUGCAACGUGUCAUCGAUCGACAACCUGGAGUCGAUGGUUCACAAGUUUUGGGAGGUGGAGAGUUUUGAGAAGGGAAAGGCGCUCUCGUUGGAGGAGCUAUACUGCGAGAAUCAUUUCCGAAAGACACACUAUAGAGCUUCUGACGGUCGGUACGUGGUUCGUUUGCCGAUUCGUGGGGAGAUGCUUGACUCGUUGGGAGAGUCGUUCAGAAUCGCCGAGCGGCGGUUUUCGGCAAUCGAGAGGAAGCUGUCGUCUGAUCCACAACUACACGCAGAGUACUCGAAGUUCAUGGAUGAGUACCUAUCGUUGGGGCACAUGGAAGAAAUCAAGCCUGAUUUAUCUCCGUCUACCCCGCACUUCUAUCUUCCUCAUCACGCCAUUCAGCGGCCCGACAGCACCACCACGAAGACACGCGUGGUGUUCGACGCUUCGUGUCGCGGCAGCAACAACAUUUCGCUGAACGAUCUCUGCUAUAUUGGUCCCACCGUCCAACCGCCCCUCAUCGCUACACUAGUCAACUUUCGCAUUCCUCGCUUUGCGGUGAGUGCGGAUGCCGAGAAAAUGUACCGGCAAGUGUGGGUUCACCCGGAUGACUCUUUGCUGCAACUGAUCCUGUUUCGGGAGAAUCCAGCCGAUGAAUUGAAGACUUAUCGGCUGAAAACGGUAACAUACGGGACUGCCCCUGCACCGUAUCUCGCUACACGCGUUCUCAAUCAGCUCGCCGAGGACGAAGCCGACAAGUACCCCCUCGCUGCCCCAAAGGUUGGAAAAUGUUUCUACGUUGAUGAUUAUUUCUCGGGGGACGACAACGAACAACGCUUGGUGGAAACAAACCAUCAGCUAAUCGAGCUGCUUCGUUCAGGCGGAUUCAACAUGCGAAAAUGGAGCAGUAAUAGUCCCACUGUGCUCUCCCAAAUUCCGGAAUCGCUUCGGGACGCUCGAACAGAACUAGAUAUCAGCAAAUCUGACUCGGUGAAAGCUCUUGGACUUCUUUGGCACCCACAGUCAGAUGAAUUUAGCUUCAACGUUCCAGAUCUCACGUCUUCUGAGCCAAUCACAAAGCGUUUGGUUCUUUCUGAGAUGUCACGUCUUUUCGACCCGAUGGGAUUAGUCGGGGCAUCCAUCGUUGGUGCAAAAAUCUUUUUGCAAGCACUGUGGUUCGAAAACUUCAGCUGGGACGACGUUUUGCCGGAGAAAUAUCAAGAGUGGUGGAUCCAGUUCCGCAACGAGAUUGCAACGCUAUCUUCGCUUCGAAUUCCACGUCGCAUUCUCAUCGAAGACUACCAAGCCGUAGAAUUUCACGUCUUUUCAGAUGCUUCCGAACAUGCGUACGGCUGCUGCAUGUAUGUCAAAUCCAUAAGCUCUACUGGGGAACAGCAAUGCAACCUGGUGAUAGCGAAAUCGCGUAUCAGUCCACUUCGUAAUUUGUCUAUUCCUCGUCUCGAAUUGUGUGCGGCAGUUCUCGGCGCUCAAAUGGCCGAUUUUGUAUUGGAUUCGACGAAACUGGCUUUCCCGGUUACAUUUUGGACCGAUUCGUCGAUCGUUCUUCAUUGGAUAGCUUCGUCUUCUACGCCGUGGAAGGUAUUCGUUUCGAAUCGGAUUGCUGAAAUUCAUCGGCUGACAGGAGGAAGUAUGUGGCGGCACGUCCCGACUGAGCUGAACCCUGCGGACAAGAUCUCGAGGGGAGUCUCUCCGUCGCUGUUGAUGGAAGAUUCGCUCUGGUGGCACGGUCCCCCCUACCUUCGGCAAAAUUCGGAUACUUGGCCGGAGAACUGCAUCAAACUAACACCACUACAUCAAGAAGCUCGGAAAACCGAAUUCAAACAGGUCGUUUCAGUUGUAGUCGCUCACCAUGAUACGAUUGAUCUCAUCGAACAGCAUUCAUCGCUCUCCCAUCUACAACGCAAGGUCGCAUGGCUGCGGCGGUUUGUUAAUAACUGCCGCACUAAACCACCUGAAAGGCGCAAAUUUGGUCCGCUUUCGCAUAUGGAACUGGAACAAGCGCUGAUGGAGCUCGUCAGGCAAACGCAGCAGGUCUAUUUUUCGGCGGAAAUCGAAUUCCUCAAGAAGUACAAGGGGACUAUCCGCAAAGCUUUUUCGUUGUCGUCCCCCGAGAAAUAA